ACCGGACAAAAGUCGCAUAUCAGUCAACCCAAAACAUUAAACCCUCAAAACCGCCAAACUUCUGUAUUAAAGACUCCAUUUAAAACCACCAACGCCACCACCAUCUCCGAUCAUGAAGGUUACCGACAAGGCCCCAUCUCCAUCUCCAUCUCCAUCAUCCACCAGCACCACCUCAUCCGAGACUUCAACAUCGUCGCCACCACCACCCCCAUCAAGGAUCCCGGUGGACUUCAGCCCACCGUUGAUCGCCAUGGUGGUAGUUGUCGCGGCAGCAAUUUUAGUCAUAACAUAUUCUCGCCUCAUAUCCCGCCGGCUCCUCCCUUCCCUUCUACGCCUCCUCAGAUUUUUCAGACGCCGCCGUCCCCGCCGCCGUUACCUUCCUUCCACCACCACCGACCUUGAGUCCCUCCCUCCAUCCGAUUCAUUCGAGCUCCCACUUUCCCCUUACGGACUUGACGACUCUGCUAUAAAACGCCUCCCCCUCUCCCUCCACAACUCAAAAUCUAAAAUCAAAAGCCCAAAAGAUUGUGCGGUUUGCUUAUUGGAAUUCGAGGACGACGAGUAUGUCCGGACACUCCCCGUCUGCUCCCACGCCUUCCACGUGGACUGCAUCGACGUCUGGCUGAAGUCACAUGCCAACUGCCCCCUUUGCCGUGCCGUAAUAUUCGCGGCGGAAUCACCAUUUAUUCCGCUCAUGGCAGCCCGAAUACGACCGAGUCUCGAUGACCCUGUUUUGCUCAACACCAAUCUCGAUUCCCUCACCGAGACUCCUUUGCAAUCUCAUGCCACCACUAUAACGGAGAUUACCGAAGAACCAUCCCCAAGAGGAGGAAAUGUUAAUCUCAGUACCGAUUGCGAGGAAAAUAGAUUCGAUUUUGUACUGAAAAGAUCAUAUUCGUUUGGGUUUGAGAGGAAUUUGGCAGCGGAGAGGAUGCUAACGGAGCCAAACACGGCUUCCCCAUGGAGAUACCGGAGAGGGACGAACGGGUUCUGGAGCAAGCGUCCAUCUCCGUUUGGAUCAUUGAUGUCGAAACCGAGGGUGUUCUCAUUCAGGGGAAUAAAAGUGUCGCCUUUCUUCAGACGGAGAGGAUUCUUCCCGUUAUCGGAAUCCAGCGUGAGAUUUUCCGGCUCUGGUUCUUCGAGACGGAACAGGUCAAUGACGAGCCCGAUGUUCCCUCGAUCGGAGGCAUCAAGCGUGGCGGCAUUCUCGUCGAGUCGGCUGAGCGGAGGCAAACGGAUGGAGGUGGCGGAGGCCUGUCCGGCGAAACAAGGAAAGGCGGGCGUUAAUGGAGGCGGGGAGGGGCAUUCAAUGGAAAAACUGAGGAGAGAGAGAGACGCAGCGGUUCAUAAAUGUGAGGCUUUGGGUUGGGCAAUCUGGGUCUUGGACUCUUGGGGGCCUUUUAUGUGGGGAGUAUGGAUUCGGUUAGUCUACUUGCUACUCUAUUUUGAGCUCGACCCUGGCCCAGGGGUUUAUAUUCAUGAAUCAAUGGAAAGAGGCGGUGCUGGCGGCUGGGGCACUCAUUUGACAGCUUGACUUGACGCAAUUUUCCAAAACCAUGAGCAAUUGAGCACGCAUAGUCUUGGGCAUUAUCUUUGUUUUUCUUAUAGGGCGAAUGGUCAACUAUUUUAUAGUUUAAGGUGUAAAAUAAAAAUUUUUAAAUAAU